UUAUAUAUGAAUAGAUUAAUAUACCUUCUAAUCACAUUACUUUGUUCUUUAAGAGCAAUUCAGCUGUAUUUGUCUUCUACAAAGGCAUUAAGACCUACUGAAGGUCAUUCUUGGUUUUCUCCUUCAAUUCAUGAUAAUGGUCAUAGUAUCAUCAAAAAUGACUCAAUCGUACUUGGUACAGAAUCACAUAAUAUAUUCUAUUUUGUACAUGUUACAGAUUUACAUUUAUCAAGAUUUAGACCCAAGGGCCAUACUUUUCAUUUUCUACAUUUUAUUCAAUCUAUUUUACCUGUUGUCAAACCAGAAUUUGUUAUUGUUACUGGUGACUUAACAGAUGCUAAAGAUAAAAAAAGGGUUACUUCUCAACAAUACAUCGAUGAAUGGGAUGUAUAUCAAACGGCAAUAAAUGAAAAAGUGAAUACCAAAUGGUACGAUAUAAGAGGUAAUCAUGAUUGCUUUAAUUUGCCAUCAUGGAAGUCUCGAGUUAAUUAUUACAGUACGCAUGGGAAGAGUGCCGAUUUAGUAGAGCAAGGUAAAGGCAUAUACACAUGGCAACUUAAUAAACCCGAAGUAGGAAAUUAUCAAUUUGUUGCGAUAGAUGCAUGCCCAAAACGAGGACCAUCAAGACCUUUAAAUUUCUUUGGUUAUCUUACUUCAAAAACUAUGGAUCAAUUAGAAAAGGCUUUGACACUGAACACAUUUAAUCAUACAUUUUUAUUCUCUCAUUAUCCUACAACUACGAUGGUAUUUGGAAUAGGUGAUGUACUCAAAUCAUAUAAUCCUAUUACAAAAUCACUUGAAUUAGAACUAGGUGAUCUAAAGGAACAUGGACUCUAUAGAAUUGUUGCCAUAGAUCAUGAUUUAAUUUCAUUUGUAGACCUUCAAUUACCUUUAGACCAAAUCCCAAAAAGGGGUCCCGUCAAUUCUGCAGGCCUUGUUCAACCUAUGCAAGAUGAUAAAAUUAUUUGGCCUAAUCUAGUUCAUCCUUCUCCUUCUAUCUUAGUGACUAAUCCUAAAGAUGCUCGAUUCUCGAUCCCUACAAAGGAACCCUUAUGGCGUAUUCGUCAAAGCACUCAUAUUCGCUUUUUAGUAUUUUCUGAGGAAGAAGAGACCGAAAAAAUAUCAAUUGAAAUCAAAAUUAAUGGUCAAUUACAUCCUAAUCCUGCUAUCUAUGUAGGUGAUACGAAAAACCCACUUUGGGUAUCUCCAUGGGAUCCAUCUUUAUUGGAAGAUAGGAAGACACAUCAGCUUAGUAUUCGUAUAACUACUCCAAAUGGUAAAUCCAGUAUAUCUGAAACUGUGUUCCGUACAGAUAUGUAUAGAGCUAAAAUUGGUGGAGGGUCUGGUGAAUUUAUUAUCAAGUCUAAAAUGGCCUUAGUUGUAAGUCAUAAUAAUAACUAUUAUAAAAAAAAAAUUCCUAAUUUAUUUAUGUCUAUUAGCUACAAUGUAUUACUUUAUUUUCUAUCUCAAGCAUAUUAUUUUUAUUGCUUGUUCCUAAAUUUUUUGUUUCUGAACAACGUAUCAGUCAAAUUUUGUUACGUAUUCAUGCAAUAG